UCUCUCACUACUCUCCACUCACUCCAUCUGAUAUCAUCAUCUUCCACACUUUCUCUCUCUCUCUCUCUAUCUAUCUUCUUCCCAUUUCCAUUCUCUCAUUUCCCUCUUUAGAACCAAACCCAUCAAUUCAACAUCCUCAGAAGCUAAUCAAAUAUUCCAUCUUUCUGCUUCUAAAACCCACACUCACCCAGAUCAACAAAAACAAACACAAACAUCGAUCAAAUCGAAAGAAAAAAAAACAAUGAGAGAAAACAGUCCACAAACAACAACAACAACACCAGAUCUACAAAGAGGUGAGAUCGCUGAAUCAUCAACAUCAAACAGAAACCGAACCGGUUCAUCUCAACCAUAUCCCGGUUCAACAGAAAACCCAUCACCUUUUCCAGACCAAGUUCUCGAAAACGUUCUAGAAAACGUUCUACACUUUCUCACUUCUCGCAAAGACCGAAACUCCGCCUCAUUGGUCUGUCGUUCAUGGUACCGUGCGGAAGCCCUCACACGAUCCGACCUCUUCAUCGGAAACUGCUACGCACUCUCCCCACGACGCGCCGUCGCUCGUUUCAGCCGCAUCAAAUCGGUUACUGUUAAGGGUAAGCCGAGGUUUGCGGAUUUCGAUCUGAUGCCUGUUGAUUGGGGGGCCCACUUUGCUCCUUGGGGUAGAGAGCUUGCUCAGGGCUAUCCUUGGCUUGAGAAGCUUCAUCUUAAACGGAUGAAUGUUACUGAUGAUGAUCUCGGUGUUAUCGCCGAUUCGUUCGCCGGUUUUCGUGAGCUUUUGCUUGUUUGUUGUGAAGGGUUUGGUACCCCUGGUCUUGCUGCUAUUGCUUCUAAGUGCAGAUUGCUGAGGGUGCUGGAACUGGUGGAAUCUGUGAUUGACGCUGAGAAUGAUGAAGAGGUGGAUUGGGUAUCAUGUUUUCCGAUUGAGGGACAAACUCAUUUGGAGUCUCUUGCUUUUGACUGUGUUGAGUGCCCUGUGAAUUUUGAGGCAUUGGAAAGGCUGGUGGCUAGAUCACCUAAUUUGAAGAAGCUUAGAUUGAACCGAUCUGUUUCGAUGGUUCAGCUUCAUCGGCUAAUGCUUCGCGCGCCUCAGCUCACACAUCUUGGAACGGGUUCGUUCUGUGCGAAUGAGAAUGUGGAUCAGGAACCUGAUUAUGCAUCUGCUUUUGCAGCUUGCAGGUCGUUGGUUUGUUUGUCUGGAUUUAGGGAGAUUUGGCCGGAUUACCUCCCUGCAAUUUUUCCAGUUUGCGCGAACCUGACAUCAUUGAAUUUUAGUUAUGCUGAUGUUAAUGCUGAACAGCUGAAGUCUGUUAUUUGUCACUGUCAUAAGCUGCAGAUAUUGUGGGUCCUUGAUUCAAUAUGCGAUGAAGGCCUUCAAGCAGUGGCUGCAACUUGCAAGGACUUGCGUGAGCUCCGAGUUUUUCCUGUGGAUGCAAGGGAGGAGACUGAAGGUCCUGUUUCUGAGGUUGGUUUUGAAGCCAUUUCCCAGGGUUGUAGAAAAUUGGAGUCGAUUUUGUUUUUCUGCCAGACGAUGACGAAUGCAGCUGUGAUUGCUAUGUCUAAGAAUUGUCCAGAUCUCGUGGUGUUUCGUCUUUGUAUAAUUGGGGUGUAUCGUCCCGAUGCUGUGACACAAGAACCCAUGGACGAGGGUUUUGGUGCUAUUGUUAUGAAUUGCAAGAAGCUCACACGUCUCGCUGUAUCUGGCUUGCUGACUGAUCGAUGUUUUGAAUACAUUGGAAGGUAUGGAAAAUUAAUCAGGACAUUGUCGGUUGCCUUUGCCGGAGACACGGACAACAGCCUUAAGUAUGUACUUGAAGGGUGCCCUAAUUUGCAGAAGCUUGAAAUCAGGGACAGUCCGUUUGGAGAUGGAGCUUUGCGAUCUGGUUUGCAUCAUUACUACAACAUGAGGUUCCUUUGGAUGUCGUCCUGUAAAUUGACGCGCCAAGCUUGCCAAGAAGUUGCACGAGCAUUGCCUCAAAUGGUUAUGGAAGUUAUCAACAAUGACGUGGAAGCGGUCAACGAUAUUGAAAUAUUGUACAUGUAUCGAUCUCUUGAUGGGCCGCGAGAUGAUGCUCCGGAAAAUGUUACCAUCCUGCAUUAGACAUUUCAAUUCAUGAAGAUUAAGUUUUUUACCACUGGUGGCUGUUCAGUGAAGAGGGGGAUAGAAAAAUAGCGAGAGGGACAGGGAAGAUUUAAUUUCAAUGUUUUUAUUAUUGUUUUAUUUUUCAGAUGUGUUGUUGUAUCAUCUGAUUGUAGAAUUUAUUGUUGUUGUUAGCAAAUUGUGAGAUGGUUAAUAAAUGCUAGAAUAUGCAUGGACCACGUAGUGUCUAUGUCCUUCGUUUUCUGAAUGUAGAAUGAUAGAUUUAUUAAUUUAUGUGUGGAAAGUGUUAUUCAAGUACACGUUGGCAGGA